AUCGACGAAAUAAAAGUUUAAAACAAUUUUAAUUUCAUUCAUAUAAUUUGUACCAGUAUCAAUUGAUUUGGUAAUAGUAAAUAGAGUCAAUUGCUAAUUACAUUCAACAUGUAUAACAAUAUAUUGACUUGCGCACUGAUAUUAUGUGUAUGGCUGCAGCCAUUGCAUGCUGCGACCAAAAGACAAGCUACCUACGGUUCACCCGUGCAAGCCGCGGGAAGUCCUAAUUCGCCAUCGUUUACCUUGACAAAUGAACAACAAGCCAGUUUGCCACCAAUUCCAUUGGACAUUUAUCAAGACUCACUCCUUCCAACGCCUUUGUUGCCAUUCAAACAUGGAUACGUAACCGAAAUACAUCGUGUUGUAACACCCGAUGGUUAUAUCUUAGAGGUGCAUAGAAUUGUUUCGUCUCCACUUCGAAGAUCGUCCAAGGCGCUGAAACCAGUGGCUUUUCUACAACAUGGAUUCCUUGAUUCGUCGGCCACUUGGGUCAUGUCUGGACAAGAACACGGAUUAGGUUAUGCUUUGGCCGAUGAAGGCUACGACGUUUGGAUGGGUAAUGGACGUGGCAAUGUUUAUUCACGCAAGCACAUAUUGUACGAUCCCGAUGGCAGUCGGUCAGAUCGUGAGAAAUUCUGGAGCUUUUCUUGGCACGAAAUUGGCAUGGUUGAUCUGCCAUCGAUGAUCGAUUACGUGCUAAACGCAACCGCACAACCAAACAUGUUUUACAUAGGACAUUCGCAGGGGACAACUGCCUAUUUCGUUAUGUGCUCCGAACGCCCUGAAUACAAUGCAAAAAUCAAGAUGAUGCACGCCCUUGCACCGGUUGCUUAUAUGAAUCACGCAGUAUCACCUGUGGUGCGAUUGGCUGAAUUGGUUCCAACCGCUCUACAGAGAGUGGCCGAAAUGUUGGGUGCAUAUGAAAUUCUACCCUCGAUGGACUUAUUCAAAUUGCUCGGACAGCAAUUGUGCCGGGACACGUCACCAAUCAUUGCAAUCUGUGAAAGUGUGCUAUUCUUGAUCACCGGCUUCAACGAGAGAAAUUUAAAUGCCACAUUAUUCCCAGUGUAUUUGUCACACACUCCAGCUGGAGCGAGCACUUAUCAACUUGUUCACUUUGUCCAAGAAGCUCAAUCGGGACGCUUCUGUCAAUUCGAUAUGGGCACACCACAGGAUAAUAUGCAAAAAUACGGCAAUCCUACACCGCCAGAGUACAAUUUAGCAAAUGUCAGGUCACGUGUUAUUUUGCACUACUCGGAUAACGAUUGGCUCAGCUCACCAAUUGAUGUCCGAAGACUUCACAAAAAUCUACCGAACGCCGAAAUGAAUCACAUUCCAGAUGAGAAAUUCGAACACAUGGAUUUCGUAUGGGGCAUUGGUGCUAGAUCCGUUUUGUAUGAACCCAUUAUUGCUUCGAUGAAACUUUUCGAUAAACUCGUCGGCAUGCAAACAAUCGCCAAAAAUCUAGUCAACUAUCAACAAAAUUAUUUGUGAAUUUUUGUUAUUGUCAAUUUCAUUAAUAUUUUGUUA